AUGGCUGAGGUGCUCGACCAUGGCACUAGACCAGAUCGCCUCGUUCAAAUGCAUCCAUUCUUUAAGAAAGCGGUCAUGAACAAUGACUCUCCUCAUGAUGCACCACCCCUCCCACCAGGACUGGACGACUCGGUAGAAGAGAACAGCUCAAACCCCGUCGAGAAACCAUCCCAUCACGAAUUGCUAGUCACAAACCCAUAUCGCGCGCCUUCAUCUGCUAUAUCAAUAAGUGGAGACUCAGGAAGAGAGUGCUGGAAUACCAUCGAAGAGGACAAUGAUCGUGACUAUAACAACACCCGAAGAAAACGCCGUAGAAUCUCGUCAGAGCCGGAGCAACAAACCCUGGAGCAGAUUUGCACAAAUACACACCAACAAACGAGGCAUGGUCAACUUGAAGAAGCAGCAAGGUCAUAUGCGGAAGAUGAUACUUCCUCUAAAGAGCCGCAGAUUGAAACCUCAAUAGUGCCUUCUCAGAUGAAAUCAGAGGAAGAGAACGCACGCCUUCCGCUAGAUAGAUCUGCAGGAUCUACUCUUACUGGGGAUCCCUCUCAUCUUUCAUGUGUAAACGACCUGGGUUCGAACAAACCGUCAGAGCACGAACUUUCAACUUCUGCUCCUCUCAUUAUCUACACCAUACCCGAGUACGAGACGCAAAUGCCAACUCCAAAAAAAAGGAACAUAGGGAUCAACGACAAUGGCAAACUUAUAAACUCUCCCAAAGGAUCACCUCGACAUUCACCUAGAUCAAAGAAGAGCGAUAACAAAGGCCAAAGCAAUGGAGCGGUAAAGGCAGGCCGCAAAUCAAAGAAGGUUGAAAUGAAGAACGGGAGGUUCGUGUCUUCACUGCAAAUUACUCUGCCGUAUGCGACGGAAGAAUGCGGCAAGAAGAUUGAUGAUAUUCUAUCAAGGCCGUCGAAUACACCCGGCAACUCUGUUCCUCAAAAACAGAUGUCCCAAAGCGCUCCUUCAGACAAAAAGGCGAUGCAUCCAUUUUUCCUGGGGAAACUGGCAGUGCCGACACAAAAGCAAACCCAAGUUGCGAGUGAAACCUCUUCCAUUGCACCAACUUCGGACGAUGAGGCGAAUCGGAGCCCCAAAGCACCAAAUCCGUGGAAGGGCGUCAUAUUUAGCUCGCGAAAACCGCUUCAAAAAAUUUCAUACAGAAUAUUUCCAAUCUGGCCACCAUCUUCGAUCCAGGAUGUACAGCCAAAUCAGGAACCACGCCGGCCCGUUACAAUCUUGCCAGCUACUCCCUCGUCCGUCGUCAAGUGCAAGCAUAGUGCUUGUAGAAUCAAACCAGAUGAAGAUAUUCUCUGGAACUUCGCUCGAUCUUUGCAAGGUAGCACACACCAAUCCAGUCUUGUUCAUCUACCAAAGCGACGAGUAAUGAGCGGCAAAGAACUUUCGCGAUGUUUGGCAUCUGAGAUCUAUGGACAACCUGGGAAGUCAAAUCUUGUCAUGCCAUCAUUAACAUCAUUGAAGUCACGCAUUGAAUCAACUCCCAGCGCGUUCGAUCAGGGAAAAGCCGCGGGUCCACAAAUGUGGCCACAAGAGUACGCACCAACCUGCUGGCAAGAGGUCUUACAGCCUGAGGCCCAGGCGUUACACGAGUGGUUGAGCAAUUUGGAAGUCCACCAAGUUCAGACCGGCAAGUUGCAGUCCAAGAUGAGGCCUCCAGUAGCUAAGAAACGACGGAAGAAACGACCGGAUGAGUUGGAUGAUUUCAUUGUUGACUCGGAUGAUGAGAACAAUCAUGCCAAUUCGACCGGGAAAAAUGCCAUUUUAUUGACAGGACCUUCCGGCUCCGGUAAGACAGCGUCCGUCUUUGCCGUUGCGCAACAACUAGGUUUUGAAGUAUUUGAAAUCCAUCCUGGCAUGCGACGAAAUGCAAAGGAUAUACAAGACAAAGUUGGUGACAUGACGCAGAACCAUCUUGUACAACAAGCCGAUCUCCAUAGCAGAAGGUCGAGCGUAUCCUUCAACGACAUGGACGUUCGCUCUCCAACUCCUGAACCAGUGGCUGCGAAUCAACCGACGGUGGCCAGUUUCAUGCGCUUGGUCAAAACAAACAGGAAUCCAAUGUUGCCGGAGGCUAACGACACCAAGGAAGUAAAAAUGAAAUCUCAGAGGCAGUCGCUUAUUCUUUUUGAAGAGGUCGACAUUCUUUUCGAGGAAGAUAAGGGUUUCUGGAGCGGAGUACAGUCACUCAUCAGAACUUCCAAACGCCCGGUCAUUCUGACCUGCAAUGAUCUCACACCUGUUCCAUUGGAUGAGCUGGACCUGUUUACUGUUUUGACAUACGACCGACCAGAAACAAACUUGGCAGUGAACCAUCUCGCGUACACCGCGGCGGCGGAGGGACAUCUUCUAGGCCAGGAAGCGCUUCGAAAUCUCUUUCUCAGCAAAAAUCGCGAUCUGCGUGCUUCUUUGACUGAACUAAAUCUCUGGUGUCAGAUGACAGUAGGCUCACAGCAAGGAGGUCUUGAUUGGAUGCUACCUCACAGCGAGAGAUGCCGACCCAACCAAGAUGGCUCUGUGACUCGCAUAGUCAGCCAAGACACCUUCGUUAGCGGUCUUGAUCUUUUGCCAGUGGAAUUUGAUGAUCAAGAAGACUUGUUCACCUUUGCUCAGGAAAACCUGGACCUCUCGCCUGUGGACUGGGCCAGGAAUGAUUAUAGUGCGAACGACACCGGACAGGGCGGUUUGCAAGUGUUGGAUGAAGCAGAUUUCCUCGCCGAAGCUAGGAGCGUGAUGGAUUUACUUGACGUCGAUGUUGCUCCUGCAACAGCUUCUACAAUCUCUAAAGUAUCGGAGUCUACGCCAGUCCGAUCCCCUCGAGACGACCUCGUCCAACUCUAUAUAGAGAAGCUGAGCGAGCGAUGUCUCAGCAGGAUAACGGUGGCAGAUGCCUUGGAGGCAUUAAUGGAGGAGAGCAGAAUCGGUUUACCUGUCAGCCCUGGCCGAAAGGCGCCGUCACUCGAUAGUACAGCUCUACCUCUCGUCACGGAAGUGGCACCAUACGUCCGAUCCAUCGUUGCGCAUGAUCAGAAAUUAGAGCAAAUCCGAAACGAACUAGGCGGAAAUGGAGGGCCCCAGGCAAAAAGACAGCGGAGGACCAGAGCUUCUCGCGCCGCCCUUGAAGGAGGGAGCAAAGAGAGCACGCGCCGUGACAAGUGGUUCCCCGAGAGCCUUGAUUUCGCUGCCGUUCUCGCAACUGGAAACGACUGGCCUCAGUCCAGAUCUGGCGAAGUAUUUUCCGCAGCAGCGACUCCGACUUCCUCGAUGGCGACGGAUGCUGACGCCGACUCUGGUGAUACGCCCAGGUGA